GUGGACCAGAGAUCCUCUGGCGUCGGAUGGGCGUCACCGCUAACAGAAGAUAGCAUCUAUUUUUCUGCGUAUUGCGUCGGCGCUCAUUUCAGAUCGGCGUCGUACUCGGGAUACCGGAGACGGUAGGAAAGCUGCAAAGUCAGUUACCAGCAUCGUUCGUCAGCAGAAAGGCGCCAUCUAAUGCCAAUGGUUUCGCAUUUUACUGAGACGCUAGUUCCCUUGUUUCAGCGAAAGUGCAGUAACCAGUGCAAAUUCUGCCUUUGACGAGACGAGGUGAAUUUUAUGUUGCGAUGGAUUGAAUUAUUUUACGACAAUAAGUAACAUUUUGGAAGGCCCCUAGUGGCAAGAUCGGCUGUGAACUUAUCAAUGAUACACCAGUGUAGUGAAUAUUCCUGUGUAUAUACGAGUAGGACAUACUGAGGCGGAACAAUUUCUGUCUCAAAACUUAUCGGACAGAAACAGUGAUGUGAUUAUUACGAGUUGUAUUUAUUUUAAUUUUAUUUAGCGUCACUUUUGUGAUUGACAGUAGGCAUAAAAAUAGCACAAACUGGUUCAGACAAAUUUUAAUUCGACAGAACUUUGACAAAAUACUUUUCUCUUGUUAGUUUUUUUAAUAUUGUUUUGAAAAGAAAUAGUUCCGUAAGGCAUCAGUUCCAUUUUUAUUUGUGUUGUACUCUGUAUAACAAAACGAAUUAGAAGAGUCACUUACCUUUGGCAGAGGGAAAGUUGCAUCUGCCUAAGAGUUGGGCAGAGAUUGCCAGCCAUUUGGUCAUAUUAUAGUUAAAGAAUCUGAAUACUGAGAGAGAGAGACAGAGAUUUCACAAAGCAUUUUCUUUAAUUUUGUACCAGUGCUACCUUCCAGAUUUCUCAUAAGAAUAUUUUAUUAUUUGAAAUUGUCAUACAAUGGCAUCGCACAACUCAAGUGACAACCAGCCCACUCCAUUUAUGACACUGUAUGUACGUGCUGGACGUGAUGGUCGAUCUUUGGGAGCGUGCCCAGAUAGUCAGCGUUCCAUCUUCUUGGCCGAACUUAAAUCUCUUUCUGGUGACACCAAGCCACCUCUCAAGUACCGCAUCAUUCCCGUCUGUCCUUCUCGACCUCCUCCGGAGUUCACAUGCCUCGGAGAAGGUGGAGCAAGACUUCGCCUUCCUGCUGCAAAGUUGGAUCCCGGGCCAUGGGGUCCGGAGUCAGUUGUUGACAGCGCAGAUGACAUUACAGCUCUUCUCGAGAAAUACUUCCCAGGUGGUGUUGCAAAAGCUGCUACACCUGAGCUGGAGGCUGCUGCGGAGCUAGCGACCAGGGACACGUUCUCCCGCUUCUGCUACUUGGUUCGCGGCGUGGUGCGCGACACGUCACAGCUGGAGGCGGAGCUGCGCAAGGCGGACGCGCACCUCCUGGGGCUGCGGGGGCCGUUCCUUACGGGCGCCGCGCCCACCCUGCUGGACGUCGAGGUGCUGCCCAAGCUGCACCAGGCGCGCGUCGCCGCCCACACCAUCAGGGGUUACGAAAUCCCGGCUGAGCUGACCGGACUGUGGCGCUGGCUGCACGCGGCGUACUCUCUCCCGGCUUUCGUCGCGUCGUGCCCGUGUGACGCGGAAAUCACGCUGCACUGGCUGGAUGCGCUGGGCGAGUCCACGGCGAGCCCGGAGCGGCGCCGCCAGAUGCGGGCCCUGUACGAGGGCGGCCCGCGCUUUUCGCUCACCGUUCCCGUCCGCGCCACACCUGUAGUCAUAGAGUAGAGGGCGACAGUUCUCCGUUCUCGUCUGCCGUUACUGUGACAGUUAUUAAAGAAUUUACUGUGUGUGCCUGAGAGAAAAUAGUCAGACAUGGGUAAAAAAAAGAAAGAUUAGGUACAAAGUGCAUCUGUCACAGAAGGCUUCUCAGUUUUUAAAAACCUAAGUUAAAAAAUAUUUAAUUGGGCACUACGUUACUUUUUGUAUAAACAAUCGCUUCCUCCGAGGGUAGAUCUGAGGUGUGUAUACCUUUCGUGUCCCAAAAAUCUGUCAGACCGUCUUUGACUAUGUUUUUUAUGAUUUCAUCACGAGUUUGAAUUUUAAACGUUGUGACUAAGAUUGUGAUAAUAUUUUCAUUCUUUUUGCUUACAAACAUUGUCAGCACAUAUCUCAUUUAAAGAAUAAUACCCAUCAUUGCUGUAUUUAUUGAAAUCACAGUUUUUUGCCCACAUUUGGCUGAAAAAAGCCUUGUACCACUCUCAGGUGGAUGGGAAAAUAUACACUGAACGCAUUGAGGGAGUGGCUGUGGUGGUCUAAUUUCUGCCUGUAGAAGCCCCAGGUUCAGUCCGACAUAGGAAGGAGAAAUUUUCCUCAUUCCACUCCAGUACGGCUUCAGGUCUACUUACCGACUAUCAGACAAGUGCUCGAUGGUCUUUCCUGGGGAUGAAAGGAUGUGGGCUGCCACCCUCCGUCGUAGUGCCACGGAGAUAGGCUUUACUCUACCUACAAUCGGGCUAAUAGCCUCAUUCUCAGCUUGCGCCGUAGUCUUUUUUGUACACCGAGAGAACAAAAAAAAUAUACUUUACACACUUGAAAAUGGCCCAAAGCCAAAAUCAUUCAGUAAUAGUAAAUAGACGUACUCUUAGCCAUAAAUGUAAUUGAGGUGCAUGAUGAAAAUGCCUUCCCCCUUUUUGUUUUCUUCUGUGGGACUCAAAAUGCUAAAACUAAUGAGAAGUCUGUAUUUAAAACUCGUACUGUGUGGAAGCAGGUCCGGCACUGUUAGUAGAUAACCUGUGCCUACUCGUGCAUUUAUCGUUUAAUACAAAUUUCUUCAAUGCCUCUGAUCAAAAUUGCACAUUCACUGACGACUGCCACAUUUUUACCAACUGGUCACCAUCGUGCAGUGCGAGAUCUGUGGAAGCGCAGUGUCUUAAGAAACUACUUAACUGUAUGUAACAGUACGACAGUUGGCUACCACACCUAGCCUGGUAUUCAGCUCUUAACAUUGCCCAGGUUCAUACAUUAUGGUGUCAGCUGUCUAAGGACAUUUGAUUAUGCUGUUUUACUCCCUUGCCUGUUAAUGUGCCUUU